CCAGGAAUACACUCAUGUUCCCCGAGCUCUAGAAAAAACACCUUCAACUCCUUCAAUGUUAAAACUCCACAAUUAAACCGACUACAGGGGGGAAGGAAAGACAGAAAGAAAGAAAGAAGAAGACAAAAGCCGCUUUCGUAAUUUUUACGCACCAAUCGUGUAGAAACCAAUAACGGAAUACAAGGGGACAGUCAGAUUCAGGCAAUACUUCAAUACUGUUAUGAAGCGAGAAUGAGUAGCGCAGAAGACAGCGGGAGCAAGUGCUCGUCGGGCCCGAUUUCCAGCUUUACCAUCCAGUCGAUUCUAGGCACGCCGUCUGAUGCGCCGCGCUCCGGGAACAAGGAGCUCUCCAAGGGGCCGCCGCCGCCGCCGCCGCGGAGGCGCUCGCUGUCGGUGUCCUCCGAGGAAGAGUGCAGCGGUGGGGAGGACUCUGCAGACUGCUUCUGCUCCGACACGGGUCACAGCGAGCCAUGCACCCAGCACCAAGCCCAUAACUUCUGUUUAGGUCCCCCUAAAGGACUGCUGUCUGGGAGUGACGGGCUGCCGCGGCGGCCGCACCUGCCACAGCCUCUGCUGCAGGAUUACAAGGAGGAGCAGGAGAGACCGUGCCAUCAAAUGUCACCCCUGUCGGAGGAGAGACAGACGGACGGUGCGGACAAGCAGGGCAACUCAGCCAAGAAGAAGACGCGCACGGUUUUCUCCCGGAGUCAGGUGUACCAGCUGGAGUCCACCUUCGACAUGAAGCGGUACCUGAGCAGCUCGGAGCGGGCCUGCUUAGCCUCCAGCCUGCAGCUGACGGAGACUCAGGUCAAGACGUGGUUUCAGAACAGGAGGAACAAAUGGAAACGGCAGCUAUCAGCUGAACUGGAGGCGGCCAACAUGGCCCACGCCUCCGCACAGACACUAGUGGGGAUGCCGCUGGUUUUCAGAGAUAACUCCUUACUGCGUGUUCCGGUUCCCCGCUCUAUCGCCUUUCCGACGCCCCUGUAUUACCCGGGGAGCAACCUGCCAGGGUUACCUUUAUACAACCUGUAUAACAAGAUUGAGUACUGACUCUGCUGUAUGUUCACCACUGCAGUCCACGUAAAAAAAACAAAACACGCAUUACAAAACAUUCUUAUAAGUGUCUCCACAUAACCCUGUAUAUUAAUUGUAUCACUUUAUUUGUUGAGGAAAUUCUUAUUAUGCAGAAACUGUACAUCUAACGAGAAAGCAAUCCAGCUUCCCUUAAAAUGUAUAAAAUACACCAUGUGUAUAAUUAAUUACAAUAAUUUUUGUACUUUUAUUUUCCUCCUUUCACUGAUAAAAUAAUGGGAGUUUAACAGUCAUAUCAGUUUCAAGAAGAAAAAAGGAUCCCACCAUUUAAAAAAGAAGCUUUUACACUGUUUUUAUUCAUAAUUGGUUCGUCACAGAUUUUGCAAAGCAUCAGUCAUUUUUAUUUCACCUGACAGGAAAUUAUUCCAUUUAAGGAAGAAAAAAAAUAUCAUUGUUUCUAUUGUAAUUUAGACCUUCAAUAAAUAACCUUCUCAUUCAAUAAAUUUUCUAUUUCAGUGAAAAAUUGGGGCUUGUUUGGUUUUUAUUUUUAUGGACCGCUUUUUGUGCACUUACAUUUGUAAACUUCACUGUUGACACAGUUAGAUUUUCACACGCUGGAGGCAAACAGUGUAAGCCACUGUAAACAAGGCUAAUGUCAAAUUCUACUUAGCUGUGUUGACACUUCUUGUCCCGUGAAGAGCAUGCAAGCAGUAAACAAGCUCUGCUGUCAUAAGUGUGAUCGUUUCUUUAUGAUAAAAGCUUGGGAAGUAAUCAGAAAUUGAAGGGGAAUUUUUGAUGUAAAGCUGCUGGAGAAAUGUUUUAGAGCGAAUUUAAGCUGAGAGCACCUGUGCCUUAACUGUGACUAAAGUGAGGAGGAAAACCUGGAACAUACAUGACAUCACUGUUGCUUUUGGCCUACAUAAACCUCCUAUUAUUACAUGAAAUAUUAAGUUGAGAGUGUUUGACAGGUGCAUUUUAAUUGUAUCUGUACAGGGAUGUAGUGUGAGAUGUGUCCCUCUGUAAGGCUCACAUUACAUAUUUGUUUAAUUCCUACAAAUCAGCCUACAAGCAGAAUAAAAUGUCAAGCUGUGCCUGAAACUGCAGAUGCUUUUAUGACAGUAUUUUCAGAUUAAUUUCAAAUGUAUAAACACUCUGCUGUAAAUCAAGAGGUGCAUGACCUGAGCAAGCUGCCUUGUAAAAGUAGAUGUAACUAAGAAGUAGAUAAAGCAGAUUGCAGGGUGGAGAAGAGACACAUGCCAUCCCGAGCCAAUCGUGCCUCUGGGCCGGAUCUUCUCUCAUUUAAAGU